AUGGCGGCGGCGGCGGCGGCGGCGGCGGCGGGGAGCGCCAGGAGCGUCAGCAGCGGCAGCAGCGGCGGCGGCGGCGGCGGCAGCAGCAGCAGCGACACGUCCAGCACCGGCGAGGAGGAGAGGAUGCGGCGCCUCUUCCAGACGUGCGACGGCGACGGCGACGGCUACAUUAGCAGAAACGACUUGUUGAUGGUCUGUCGCCAAUUGAAUAUGGAAGAGUCUGUGGCUGAGAUCAUGAACCAACUGGGCGCUGAUGAAAAUGGGAAGAUUUCCUUUCAGGAUUUUACAAGGUGCCGCAUGCAGCUCGUCAGAGAAAUUAGGAAGGAGGAAGUAGGCCUUUCUGAGAAGUCAGACAAUUCCUGUAAAAAGAAGAAGCUGAGGGACAGAAUUGCUUCCUGGCCCACGAGCAGUGACAACAGUUUGGGUGCCUUAUCAGCGGCCAGGGAAAGCUGGGAAUACGACUCGGGAGCCAGGGACCUCCAGAGCCCGGACUUGCAGAGUCAGUCAGCCCUACAGAAGCUUCUUGAGUAUGGGGGAAGCUCUUUGCAGCAGCAGGCUGCUCUCCACAAGCUGCUCACACAGUCCCCGCGUUUUGGCAACUCUGUAGGAGGAAGCUAUCUAGAGCUGGCCAACACGCUUCACUUGGCAGCCCUGGCAUCACUCAAGGGAGAUAUAGUGGAGCUUAAUAAACGUCUGCAGCAAACGGAGCGGGAACGGGACCUUCUGGAAAAGAAAUUGGCCAAGGCACAGUGUGAGCAGUCCCACCUCAUGAGAGAGCAUGAGGACGUCCAGGAGCGAACGACGCUUCGGUACGAGGAACGCAUCACCGAACUGCACAGCAUCAUCGCUGAGCUCAAUAAGAAGAUAGACCGUUUGCAAGGCACCACCAUCAGGGAGGAGGAUGAGUACUCAGAACUGCGAUCAGAACUCAGCCAGAGCCAGCACGAGGUCAACGAGGACUCCCGCAGCGUGGACCAAGACCAGACCUCUGUCUCCAUCCCUGAAAACCAGUCCACCAUGGUCACUGCGGACGUGGAUAACUGCAGCGACCUGAACUCGGAGCUGCAGAGGGUGCUGACGGGGCUGGAGAACGUGGUCUGCUGCAGGAAGAAGAGUAGCUGCAGCCUCUCGGUGGCAGAGGUGGACAGACACAUCGAGCAGCUCACCACUGCCAGCGAGCACUGUGACCUGGCUAUUAAGACAGUGGAGGAGAUCGAAGGGGUCCUUGGCCGGGACCUGUAUCCCAACCUUGCUGAAGAGCGGUCUCGAUGGGAGAAGGAGCUGGCUGGGCUGAGGGAAGAGAACGAGAGCCUGACUGCCAUGCUGUGCAGCAAAGAGGAGGAGCUGAACAGGACCAAGGCCACCAUGAACGCCAUCCGGGAAGAGCGGGACCGGCUGCGGAGGAGGGUUCGAGAGCUUCAAACUAGACUGCAGAGCGUGCAGGCCACAGGGCCCUCCAGCCCUGGCCGCCUCACUUCCGCCAAUCGCCCUGUUAACCCCAGCACCGGAGAGCUCAGCACAAGCAGCAGCAGCAACGACGUCCCCAUCGCCAAGAUUGCUGAGAGAGUGAAGCUAUCAAAGACCAGGUCCGAAUCUUCAUCGUCAGAUCGGCCAGUCCUGGGCUCAGAAAUCAGCAGCAUAGGGGUAUCCAGCAGUGUGGCGGAGCAUCUGGCCCACUCUCUUCAGGACUGCUCCAACAUCCAAGAGAUCUUCCAGACACUCUACUCCCAUGGAUCUGCCAUCUCGGAAAGCAAAAUUAGGGAGUUUGAGGUGGAAACGGAACGGUUGAAUAGCCGUAUCGAACACCUCAAAUCCCAAAAUGACCUUCUGACCAUAACCCUGGAAGAAUGCAAAAGCAAUGCUGAGAGAAUGAGCAUGCUGGUGGGGAAAUACGAAUCCAAUGCCACCGCGCUGAGGCUGGCCCUACAGUACAGUGAGCAGUGCAUUGAAGCCUAUGAACUCCUCCUGGCGCUGGCCGAGAGCGAGCAGAGCCUCAUCCUGGGGCAGUUCCGCGCGGCUGGUGUGGGGUCGUCUCCUGGAGACCCGUCAGGGGAUGAAAACAUCACUCAGAUGCUCAAGCGAGCUCACGACUGCCGGAAGACAGCCGAGAACGCCGCCAAGGCCCUGCUCAUGAAGCUGGACGGCAGCUGCGGGGGUGCCUUUGCUGUAGCCGGCUGCAGUGUGCAGCCUUGGGAGAGCCUUUCUUCUAACAGCCACACCAGCACAACCAGCUCCACAGCCAGUAGCUGCGACACGGAGUUCACUAAGGAAGACGAACAGAGGCUGAAGGAUUAUAUCCAGCAGCUCAGGAAUGACAGGGCCGCGGUCAAGCUGACCAUGCUGGAGCUGGAAAGCAUCCACAUCGAUCCCCUCAGCUACGACGUCAAGCCCCGGGGAGACAGCCAGCGGCUGGACCUCGAAAACGCGGUGCUGAUGCAGGAGCUGAUGGCCAUGAAGGAGGAGAUGGCGGAGUUGAAGGCCCAGCUCUACCUCCUGGAGAAGGAGAAGAAGGCCCUGGAGCUGAAGCUGAGCACGCGGGAGGCCCAGGAGCAGGCCUACCUGGUGCACAUCGAGCACCUGAAGUCCGAGGUGGAGGAGCAGAAAGAGCAGCGCACGCGGUCCCUCAGCUCCACCAGCAGCGGCGGCGGCGGCAAGGACAAGGCCGGCAAGGAGUGUGCGGACGCUGCCUCCCCAGCUCUGUCUCUGGCUGAACUGAGGACGGCGUGCAGCGACAGCGAGCUGGCCGCGGAGUUCGCCAACGCCAUCCGUCGAGAAAAGAAGUUAAAGGCCAGAGUUCAAGAGUUGGUGAGUGCCUUGGAAAGACUCACCAAGAGCAGUGAAAUCCGACACCAGCAAUCAGCGGAGUUCGUUAAUGACCUGAAGCGAGCCAACAGCAACCUGGUGGCUGCCUAUGAGAAAGCAAAGAAGAAGCAUCAAAACAAACUGAAGAAGCUGGAGUCUCAGAUGAUGGCCAUGGUGGAGAGACAUGAGACCCAAGUGAGGAUGCUCAAGCAAAGAAUAGCUCUGCUGGAGGAGGAGAACUCAAGGCCUCACACCAAUGAAACUUCACUUUAAUCGGCACUCAGGCUCCACAGUUCUGUCCGUGGAGGCUGAAGUCUAGCAGGUCACUGAGGAGAGAGGGGCCCCAGAGGACAGAGUAACCUGUUGGGAGAAGGAGAGAAGGGAAGGUUGGCAGGUAGGUCAGCACUUGGACAAUGGAGUGCCCUGGACUCAGCCCUGGGGCGAGUGGCCCUGGGACGCGGUGUAGACUGUAUCCAGAGGAUCCUGCGCCUCCCUCCUGGGCUGUGGACGGCGUGGGAACCCCUGCCGUGUGUGCCGGCUCCGCAGGUCUUGCUUCUGCUUUCAGCACUGGCUCUAUCACUCUCCCACCUUUCUGUUCUGGAACUUGUGCAUUGGUGGUAUAAUCCAGGCAUCAUCUGUUCAAGAUUUUCCAUUCUUUUUUUCUCUUUUUGGUAGACAGCAACCUUAUCUCUGACAUCCCUAAUUUCUCCUCCUUCCUUCUCCUUC